UACGCCCUCGCCCACAUCGAGCGGAACCAGCCGCCUCUCCCGACGCCCCCGCACAGGAGUACAGCACUGCGCCACUGCCCGACGCCCAGCCGCAUCGCGCCCUCGCCGUUCCUCGUCGACCUCGCGGCCUUACCGGUCGCCGGCCGGAGCCCAGCCGCCCCGCCUCUCCUUCCCGCCCGCCUGCGCGGUAGUGCUCCCCUGCGAGCGCUCCUGCCCCUGCCUGCGCGGGUGCGGCUGCGCCGCUCCCCCGGCCUCCUGCCGCCCCUGCCCCGCCCCCCUGCAAAGCCAGCGCAGCCGCUGCCGCUCUCUCUCAGUCACCAGUGACCAGUUCCCGGUGCCAGCAAGUGAGCAAGAGCAACCCGAUUUAAGGAACUAAAAUACCCCAAUUUCUGAUUCAGGGUUUGAUUUUAUUUUUUUGCACUUAUGCUAUCCAGUACAUCAACACAUAUAUAAUUUUGCACAUUAUUUCUGCCUCAAUUAGCUCUAUUGAUUGAAAGUAAUUUUAGUGUGUUCGUGAGAUCAUAUUCAGAAUUUUAGCGUGUUUGUGAGACCAUAUUGAUCUAUUUCUACAUGAUAUUUGUAAUCAGUUAGAACGUUCACAUGUCAUUUUACUUAUCAAAAAAAUAUUGAGGCGGGGCACCCUGUUAUCAAGUGCUAGCUCCGCCACUGGUCCCAAGCUCCUCUCAUCCUCUGCCUCAAAUCUUUGUUAAGUUUGCACUAGUUUUAUAUGUCGAUCAAAGAUCAUACAUGGAUGCUUUUCGUAGAGAUUCUAGCAUUUUGCACUAGUUCUGUAUGUAGAACUGUAGGUGAGACAUGGAUGCUUGGUCUGUUGUUCAUACAUGGAUGCUUUGUUUGUGCUGUUCAUUAUUGUUUCUACCGAAAAUCGAACUGAAUUCCUCGGUUAACCUGUCAGUUCUCACUUUUUGACUGCCUGAUUCGGUUACCACAUAGCAGUAACUAAAUUUCAAAAUAAACCAAAUUGUACCAACUGAUAUUUUGGUUUCUACCCAAGCCUAGCCGCCACAUACCCUUUCCGUUCUCAGCGGCCACCUCUGUUCCCUAAAGAAAAGCAAGCGCCACCAAAAAAUCGGUCCUAGCCGGGGAUUCGAACUACGGUGUCGGGAAGGGAAACCAGGUGAGCUGUCAACUGGUAUGGAGGCGAUGGUGCGGAAGGUGCAGCAGAGGGUGAGGAAGGCGCGGGAGGAGACGGAGCGGUGGGAUGACCUCAACUCCCGCCUCCUCUCCCAGUUCUCCAACGCCACGACCAUCAUCACCCGCCUUCCGGUACUUGGAGAUGCUAAAAAUUAUGGUGUCCUGCGUUGUGUGCCCAACAUCAGGGAGGAUCUCUUGGGCAAGCAGAUGGAGAGCCUGGAGCUCAUCUUUGUUUUGAUGAGGGAGACUCUGGAGGAGUUGAAUGGCAUUGCCAAAGGUUUGAGCAAGGUGUUGCGUGAUACUAAUCAGAUGGUGAGGGGUGGAUCAGCACUCACUGCAAAACAGUUGCAAUUAAAAGUGGGAAUUUUGCCAACUAUCACGGACUGCUUGGAUGGGCUACGAACGCUGUCUGAUAUGCACCAGGCUGAGUAUGCGCUGAAAUCAUCGAUCAUCUCUUUGUUGACAUGGAAAAGCAGUUCAAGUGAUAUCGCUGCAAUUCGUCAACUCUUGGUAGACCAACCGAACAUACCAAAAGAUGAAGUGCAAUCUAUUUUCGACAUUAUAUUUGCCGAUGAAAUUUGUUAAGUUGGGUGUGCGUGUCCCACUAUCUGGAGCCUUGCUACACAGACAUGUUGAAGCCAUUGUAUUUUGAUCUACUUUCUCGUCUAGACAAGGCAUGAAGGUGGCUGCGGUUUCAGGUUUAAUGAUCCCAAUUGCUGACAAAGCUCAAGCUGGAAGUAAUUUACACAACCGUUUAGCUUGUAAACCUGCAAGUGGAGGUAGUAGGAGUAGCAAUGUUUGGGCCUUUGCCCUCUGUUUUAUGUAACUAUCAUUCCUGGAGACCAGUGCAAGCUAUCAAACUUUUUCCUGAGAAAUAUUUCUUUCGAACUUUGCACAAGAGAAUGUGAACGAACAAAUUGUGCCGGGUUUCCCUUUCGUAAA